AGAUCUAGCUAUUCUAAUAUCCCCCUUCCAGGAAAGCCCAUUGCGCUUAGCGGUAUUUCAGGCUUGUUGAGGCGAGCAUGUAGGUACGACGUGAGUUUCUAAACGUGCGCGAGGGUUAUAUGUGAAGUUUGUACGUUUAGAUUCGUUUGUGUGUGUGAUGGUGAAUGUCGAUAUAGUCCCUGAACUGCGGAGCAAAGUUUCUACUUGAGUGGGCUGUGUUUAGGAACGUGAAGCUAGUUGUUAUGGUUUUGAAUAUUUAAGUAUUCUGUAAAAUAUUCAGCUGAUAUUUAUCUUACCACUAGGGUAAACGUUUAAGCAUUAUUUCAGACAACACGGGUUUGAAUGCCACCACAGGCAAGAGGGCAGAACAGAAAUUAUGCUGCGUGUUCAUGUUUCGGUCUAGGCGAAACGCUUUAGUGAAACGGUUGUGGAAACAGCGGAUAGUACUCGCCGUUGCCGAUAAUGAAGCCGUAUGUAAAAUGGAAAGUCAUCAAGAGCUGGAAAUGAAAUCAGUUGUGCAUUCUGUGUUAAAAAGACUUAAAGAGGCCCAGCUCGAGGCGCUUGUACAAGCUGUCGAGAGCCAUGGGGCAGAGCCGUCAGGAUGCGUGCUUGUUCCACGCGGAGAUUUGCGUCUCGGGCGACGGACUAGUCCGCCGCAUGUGAUUUGCUGCCAGUUGUGGAGGUGGACUGAUGUUUGGCAACCUUUCGAGCUGAAGAGUCUUCAUUGGUGUGAAACUGCUAAUGAACAUAUUUUGAUUUGUUGUAAUCCCUUCCAUUGGAGUAGGCUGUAUAAACCUGAGUCUCCUCCGCCACCUUACAGUAUUUACCCCCAAGAUCUUGUCAGUCCAAAAGAUCGAGCGCCACGUGAGCCCGUUUCCAUGGAAACCGGAGGCUCAAACCAGUACGGGUCUUAUCGCAGCCAUCCACCUGGAGACAGUAGUGGUCAGUUUCUCCCGCAGCCCUGGUGUACACUGGCCUACUGGGAGCUUCGUUGCAGAGCCGGCCGCCUCUUCCCCGUCCACAAGAAUGGCAUCAACGUGUUUUAUGAUUUGCCACAAGGUAAUGGCUUGUGUCUGAGAACCCUCACCGGGGGAACAACUAGAGAGAGUGUUAUUCGAAGCAGACAGAAUAUCGGACUAGGAAUCACCCUCUGGAGGGAAGGAGAAGGCGUGUGGAUGUAUAACCGGUCCCAGUAUCCUGUCUUUGUUAACUCACCCACUCUCGAUCUACCCAACACUAGGCCACUAACUGUUUUCAAAGUCUUACCAGGUUAUUCUGUUAAAGUCUUUGAUUUUGAAAAGUCAAAGUACUAUCAGAUUGUGGAGAAUGCCAAACUUCCAGAUGGGCCUUUUGACCACAAUGCUGUCCGCAUAAGCUUUGCCAAGGGUUGGGGCCCCAAUUAUUCUCGCCAGUGUGUUACAGCGUGUCCUUGUUGGCUAGAAGUCAUGUUUACAGUGGCCAGGUGACCGUACUAGUCUACUCCUGCAGUGCCACCUGCUGGAUGUUCAUGACAUAUGUAGUUCCAUAGGUUUUUCCAUCUUAAUCUAAAAGAAAAAAAUCAACUGUCUAAUGUAACUUUUGUCUCUGCUGUUUUAACUACAAAAUCAAAGUACAAAUUUCUGAAAGCAAGCAGUUUUCAAAUGUUACCAUCUGGUGAGAUGAAAGUGGCUCCAUCUGUCCAUCAAUGAGAUUAUUUUCAGUUGUUUUUUGUUAAAUAUAUAAUAUGUGUAGGUAUGGAUGAGUGUGUGUAUUUGUAUGGCUGAAUAAUUCACAGCUUCAUAUUUUGAAAGUUAUAUGUUAAAGUAUUAUGUGCAAUAAUUUAAGGAAAUAUUGUUGUGUUUGCCAGUAAAGUAUACAGCCAGCACACCUUGGUCCAGAAAAGGUUUAUGUAAACAUAUAACAUUGAAAGAAAUAUUGUUGUGUUUGCCAGUAAAGUAUACAGCCAGCACACCUUGGUCCAGAAAAGGCUUAUGUAAACAUAUAACAUUGAAGGAAAUAUUGUUGUGUUUGCCAGUAAAGUAUACAGCCAGCACACCUUGGUCCAGAAAAGGUUUAUGUAAACAUAUAACAUUGAAGGAAAUAUUGUUGUGUUUGCCAGUAAAGUAUACAGCCAGCACACCUUGAUCCAGAAAAGGUUAUGUAAACAUAUAACAUUGAAGGAAAUAUUGUUGUGUUUGCCAUAAAGUAUACAGCCAGCACACCUAGGUCCAGAAAAGGUUUCUGGAAACAUAUAAAAGGUACUUUUAAAGUUUUUUUUUUGUCAUGUUGUAUAAAUUUGCUACAAUUAACUGAGUAAGCUUACUUGAAUGUAAGUUUUAGACACUAGGUUUCUAGAACGAACCAUACUAACAGUCCUUUAGUCUUGCCAGUUCUUUGUCACUAGAACGAACCAUAUUAACAGACUCCGUAGUCCAGCUUUAUCCAAUAGGAUUUUGCUGCUUGCCUAGUUUGUUGUGAUCAAGUGGCCAUAUUCAUCACAUGAUACAAAAUAGGUUUGAAGUUUCAAACUGUCAGAAAUCAAGACUGAUACACAACAAAAUACAGUAAUGUAAGGUGUGAAGUUUAAACUGUCAGAAAUCAAGACUGAUACACAACAAAAUACAGUAAUGUAAGGUGUGAAGUUUAAACUGUCAGAAA